AUGGCUUUCCGUAAGUUGGUUCUGAUCGCCGUGGUCUGUGUGGUCCUGUACACAUGGGGGCUCCCAGCCCCGCUUGAGGAGUUUUUCUCGAGCAUCAUGAAUGCUUUCUUGUCCAUGUGCUUCCGGACCAUGGUGGCUACUACCAGGCUGUGCUCAUCGUACGCCGAUUAUCUCGAAGAACUUGGACAAAACGUCUGUAAGGACCGGCUGUGCCCCGCGUAUGGGCCACCUUACCUUGGAUACAAACAACAGGCUGAAUUUUCUGCGGCCCGUUUGCUCCGACAGGCAGUAAACUUUCUGAACGCCCUGGGCAUAAAAUUUCUCAGUUACUUCGUUGGCGAUACUCUAGCAACAAUUGCCAUGUGGCUUGCUGUGGAGGUUGUUUGA